AGUUACGGUAAUAAUAAUAAUAAUAAAAAAAACCUCCUUAAAUUCUGCUUGGGAAGAAUCUUCUAGAAUCUUAUACACUCUGAUCAGCAGGUAUGGCGCAGCCGGAGCAACCUGACACGUCAUCUUACCAUUUGAGUGUUGGUAUGUACAAGAGUCGUCUGAAUCAACAUGCUCAAAAGAUAUGGAAGCAGCUCCCGGUGUAUCAAACCUUUAAUGAAGGUUCUGACCAUUCACCAAAGUUUAGGUGUACUGUGUGGGUUGACAGUGUGGACUACACAAUUCCAAACACUUUUACUCAGCGUAAGAUGGCUGAGAUGGAUGCUUCCAGGAUAGCUUUUUUUGGUUCAUUGGAAAAGCUGAAGAAUGAAGCAUCACGUCUUGUCCUUGAGGAUCGAUCUCUUUGCAAGUCUGCUCUUGUUGAAUAUGCUACUAGGAUGAAUAUACAGAAACCCACAUAUCAGACGAUACAAGUGGGGACAAAUAUACCUGUUUUCCAUUCUUCUUUGGUUGUCGAUGGUGUUUCUUGUACAGGAGAGAAGGGCAGAAGCAAAAAAGAAGCUGAACAGUCAGCAGCACGUGCUGCAGUUCUAAAGUGUUUAGAUUUGGAAUCAGGAGGACAUAUAAUGUCAGAGAUAGUUAAUUGUAGGUUCAAACGCUCUACAGAGUCGAAGGAGUUGCAAAGUACUCAACAUGACUCCAAUAAGGUAGUUGCGGCUGAUGGUGGAAAUGCUCUUACAUUGAACAAGACUAUAGCCGAGGAAGUAACCAAAAUGCCUUUUCCAACUGGUGUUGAAAGUGUCCUUACUUUGAAUGAGACCAAAGUUGAGGAAGGAAGCCAAAUACCUUCUUUAACCAAUGUCAAAAAUAGCCUUACGUUGAAUGAGACUAAAGUUCAGAAAGGAACCAAUUUGCCUUCUCCAACUAGUGGUGAAAAUGUGUUUAGUCUGAACAAGACUAAAGUUGAGGAAGGAACCAAAAUGCCGUCUCCAACUGGGGCUGAAAUUGGCCUUACGUUGAAUGAGAUUAAAGUUGAGGAAGGUACCAAGAUGCCUUUUCCAACUGGUGUUGAAAAUGGCAUUACAUUGAAUGAGACUAAGGUUUAGGAAGAAACCACAGUGCCUUUUACUGAUAUUUGCUCAGUUAAAAAUGUUCUUACUUUGAACAAGACUAAAGUUGAGGAAGGAACCAAAAUGCCUUCUCCAACUGAGGUCAAUCAUGGCCUUAUGUCGAAUGAGAUUAAAGUUGAGGAAGGUACCAAAAUGCUUUCUCCAACUGGUGUUGGAAAUGGCAUUACAUUGAAUGAGCCUAAGUUUAAGGAAGACACCAAAGUGCCUUUUACUGAUAUUUGCUCAGUACAAAAUGCUACUUUCCCUGCAAUGCAUUCGUCAGUGGAUUUACCUCAAAGCAACACCGAAAAAGUAUCAACCAGGGCACUCACAACAGCUAUGACAGUGCAUACAGUUUUGCCAAAGAGUCCAUAUUCUGGUACCCACUAUGUACCUACUUCCUGUGUAAAAUCAGCAGUGUCCACGGUGGUGAAUCAUCAUCCUCCGAAUGUAGUUCAAGUGGUGAAAUCAGAAGAAUCAUCUUUAACAGUUACUAGUCCACUUUCAUUGGCAUCUCCAGCUAUAUCACAAGCGACUUUUGCAAGUACAACUCGUGGCAAGAAGCGAAGCCAUAAUAAUAGCAAGAUGCCCCAAAAGAAAAUGUGUGUUGAAAAUCAGUCACCAACACCUGUACCUCUGAGUCAAGUUCCUUCAUCUUCAGCUCGCUAAGUGACUCAAAGUUGUUCUUAAGAAUGAUGAAUAAGAUUCAGUUUUUGUGGAAUAUGCGCAAUGAUCAUUGCAGGAAUCAUUAUAUCUAUUUAUUGCUCAUGGUUGACCUUUGGUUAUUAUGCAACUAUUUACUAUGCAAGAACUUUUGAGUCUAUUCGAUGCUCAAGUGGUAGGUUUACUAAUAUUUCUCUGUUUUGAUCUACGAAGAGAUGCGUAUAAAAUCUA